CAGCUGUGGUUCAGACCACGAUGGUCUUCGAUUCCUCAUCUCCUGUUCCCAGUGAGAGUUUGGUCCUCAGUGUUAUCCAGACUCUUCUGAGUGCUCGACUCACAAACCUCAUUGACUCUGUAAAAGUGCUGAACUUCACCUAUGAGAAAAUUUCAGACACCUGCUAUGGGGUAAAAUUCACAUUCCAGAUAAGUAACAUCAACAUGUCACAGAACCCUGAAUUAGUGAAUGAUACCUACAACCAAGUGGAGAGCAUCAUCAACAAUGUUUUAAACACACUUCUAAAUGAACCUGCAGCCGAACCGUUCGCACCCCAGAGCUCUCUCUUCAUGAGUUCAGGAAACCAGGUUAAUGGUGACAUGACAUACCACUUCCAAGAUGGAGACACUAUAACACCAGCAUCUUUCCUGAAUGAGCUUAAAGCACAAAGCACACCUAUAUCUGGUUCAGCUGUGGUUCAGACCACGAUGGUCUUCAAUUCCUCCUCUCCUGUUCCCAGUGAGAGUUUGGUCCUCAGUGUAAUCCAGACUCUUCUGAGUGCUCGACUCACAAACCUCACUGACUCUGUAAAAGUGCUGAACUUCACCUAUGAGAAAACUUCAGACACCCGCUAUGCGGUAAAACUCAAGUUCCAGAUCAGUAACGUCAGCAUGUCACAGAACCCUGAAUUAGUGAAUGAUACCUACAACCAAGUGGAGAGCAACAUCAACAACGUUUUAAACACACUUCUAAAUGAACCUGCUGCCGAACCGUUCGAACCCCAGAGCUCUCUCUUCACGAGUUCAGGAAAGCAGGUUAAUGGUGACAUGACAUACCACUUCCAAGAUGGAGACACUAUAACACCAGCAUCUUUCCUGAAUGAGCUUAAAGCACAAAGCACACCUAUAUCUGGUUCAGCCGUGGUUCAAACCACGAUGGUCUUCAAUUCCUCCUCUCCUGUUCCCAGUGAGAGUUUGGUCCUCAGUGUAAUCCAGACUCUUCUGAGUGCUCGACUCACAAACCUCACUGACUCUGUAAAAGUGCUGAACUUCACCUAUGAGAAAAUUUCAGACUUCCGCUAUGCGGUAAAAUUCACAUUCCAGAUCAGUAACAUCAGCAUGUCCCAGAACCCUGAAUUAGUGAAUGAUACCUACAACCAAGUGGAGAGCAUCAUCAACAAUGUUUUAAACACACUUCUAAAUGAACCUGCUGCCGAACCGUUCGAACCCCAGAGCUCUCUCUUCACGAGUUCAGGAAAGCAGGUUAAUGGUGACAUGACAUACCAAUUCCAAGAUGGAGACACUAUAACACCAGCAUCUUUCCUGAAUGAGCUUAAAGCACAAAGCACACCUAUAUCUGGUUCAGCCGUGGUUCAAACCACGAUGGUCUUCAAUUCCUCCUCUCCUGUUCCCAGUGAGAGUUUGGUCCUCAGUGUAAUCCAGACUCUUCUGAGUGCUCGACUCACAAACCUCACUGACUCUGUAAAAGUGCUGAACUUCACCUAUGAGAAAACUUCAGACUUCCGCUAUGCGGUAAAAUUCACAUUCCAGAUCAGUAACAUCAGCAUGUCACAGAACCCUGAAUUAGUGAAUGAUACCUACAACCAAGUGGAGAGCAUCAUCAACAAUGUUUUAAACACACUUCUAAAUGAACCUGCUGCCGAACCGUUCGAACCCCAGAGCUCUCUCUUCACGACUUCAGGAAAGCAGGUUAAUGGUGACAUGACAUACCACUUCCAAGAUGGAGACACUAUAACACCAGCAUCUUUCCUGAAUGAGCUUAAAGCACAAAGCACACCUAUAUCUGGUUCAGCCGUGGUUCAAACCACGAUGGUCUUCAAUUCCUCCUCUCCUGUUCCCAGUGAGAGUUUGGUCCUCAGUGUAAUCCAGACUCUUCUGAGUGCUCGACUCACAAACCUCACUGACUCUGUAAAAGUGCUGAACUUCACCUAUGAGAAAACUUCAGACUUCCGCUAUGCGGUAAAAUUCACAUUCCAGAUCAGUAACAUCAGCAUGUCACAGAACCCUGAAUUAGUGAAUGAUACCUACAACCAAGUGGAGAGCAUCAUCAACAAUGUUUUAAACACACUUCUAAAUGAACCUGCUGCCGAACCGUUCGAACCCCAGAGCUCUCUCAUCACGAGUUCAGGAAACCAGGUUAAUGGUGACAUGACAUACCAAUUCCAAGAUGGAGACACUAUAACACCAGCAUCUUUCCUGAAUGAGCUUAAAGCACAAAGCACACCUAUACCUGGUUCAGCCGUGGUUCAGACCACGAUGGUCUUCAAUUCCUCCUCUCCUGUUCCCAGUGAGAGUUUGGUCCUCAGUGUAAUCCAGACUCUUCUGAGUGCUCGACUCACAAACCUCACUGACUCUGUAAAAGUGCUGAACUUCACCUAUGAGAAAACUUCAGACACCCGCUAUGCGGUAAAAUUCACAUUCCAGAUCAGUAACAUCAGCAUGUCACAGAACCCUGAAUUAGUGAAUGAUACCUACAACCAAGUGGAGAGCAUCAUCAACAAUGUUUUAAACACACUUCUAAAUGAACCUGCUGCCGAACCGUUCGAACCCCAGAGCUCUCUCAUCACGAGUUCAGGAAACCAGGUUAAUGGUGACAUGACCUACCACUUCCAAGCUGGAGACACUAUAACACCAGCAUCUUUCCUGAAUGAGCUUAAAGCACAAAGCACACCUAUACCUGGUUCAGCCGUGGUUCAGACCACGAUGGUCUUCAAUUCCUCCUCUCCUGUUCCCAGUGAGAGUUUGGUCCUCAGUGUAAUCCAGACUCUUCUGAGUGCUCGACUCACAAACCUCACUGACUCUGUAAAAGUGCUGAACUUCACCUAUGAGAAAACUUCAGACACCCGCUAUGCGGUAAAAUUCACAUUCCAGAUCAGUAACAUCAGCAUGUCACAGAACCCUGAAUUAGUGAAUGAUACCUACAACCAUGUGGAGAGCAUCAUCAACAAUGUUUUAAACACACUUCUAAAUGAACCUGCUGCCGAACCGUUCGAACCCCAGAGCUCUCUCAUCACGAGUUCAGGAAACCAGGUUAAUGGUGACAUGACAUACCACUUCCAAGAUGGAGACACUAUAACACCAGCAUCUUUCCUGAAUGAGAUUAAAGCACAAAGCACACCUAUAUCUGGUUCAGCUGUGGUUCAGACCACGAUGGUCUUCAAUUCCUCAUCUCCUGUUCCCAGUGAGAGUUUGGUCCUCAGUGUAAUCCAGACUCUUCUGAGUGCUCGACUCACAAACCUCACUGACUCUGUAAAAGUGCUGAACUUCACCUAUGAGAAAACUUCAGAUACCCGCUAUGCGGUAAAACUCAGAUUCCAGAUCAGUAACGUCAGCAUUUCACAGAACCCUGAAUUAGUGAAUGAUACCUACAACCAUGUGGAGAGCAUCAUCAACAAUGUUUUAAACACACUUCUGAAUGAACCUGCUGCCAAACCGUUCGAACCCCAGAGCUCUCUCUUCACGAGUUCAGGAAACCAGGUUAAUGGUGACAUGACAUACCACUUCCAAGAUGGAGACACUAUAACACCAGCAUCUUUCCUGAAUGAGCUUAAAGCACAAAGCACACCUAUAUCUGGUUCAGCCGUGGUUCAAACCACGAUGUUCUUCAAUUCUUCCUCUCCUAUUCCCAGUGAGAGUUUGGUCCUCACUGUAAUCCAGACUCUUCUGAGUACUCGACUCACAAACCUCACUGACUCUGUAAAAGUGCUGAACUUCACCUAUGAGAAAACUUCAGACAUCCGCUAUGCUGUAAAACUCAAAUUCCAGAUCAGUAACGUCAGCAUGUCACAGAACCCUGAAUUAGUGAAUGAUACCUACAACCAAGUGGAGAGCAACAUCAACAAUGUUUUAAACACACUUCUAAAUGAACCUGCUGCCAAACCGUUCAAACCCCAGAGCUCUCUCUUCACGAGUUCAGGAAACCAGGUUAAUGGUGACAUGACAUACCACUUCCAAGAUGGAGACACUAUAACACCAGCAUCUUUCCUGAAUGAGAUUAAAGCACAAAGCACACCUAUAUUUGGUUCAGCUGUGGUUCAGACCACGAUGGUCUUCAAUUCCUCAUCUCCUGUUCCCAGUGAGAGUUUGGUCCUCAGUGUAAUCCAGACUCUUCUGAGUGCUCGACUCACAAACCUCACUGACUCUGUAAAAGUGCUGAACUUCACCUAUGAGAAAACUUCAGAUACCCGCUAUGCGGUAAAACUCAGAUUCCAGAUCAGUAACGUCAGCAUUUCACAGAACCCUGAAUUAGUGAAUGAUACCUACAACCAUGUGGAGAGCAUCAUCAACAAUGUUUUAAACACACUUCUAAAUGAACCUGCUGCCAAACCGUUCGAACCCCAGAGCUCUCUCUUCACGAGUUCAGGAAACCAGGUUAAUGGUGACAUGACAUACCACUUCCAAGAUGGAGACACUAUAACACCAGCAUCUUUCCUGAAUGAGCUUAAAGCACAAAGGACACCUAUAUCUGGUUCAGCUGUGGUUCAGACCACGAUGGCCUUCAAUUCCUCCUCUCCUAUUCCCAGUGAGAGUUUGGUCCUCACUGUAAUCCAGACUCUUCUGAGUACUCGACUCACAAACCUCACUGACUCUGUAAAAGUGCUGAACUUCACCUAUGAGAAAACUUCAGACAUCCGCUAUGCUGUAAAACUCAAAUUCCAGAUCAGUAACGUCAGCAUGUCACAGAACCCUGAAUUAGUGAAUGAUACCUACAACCAAGUGGAGAGCAACAUCAACAAUGUUUUAAACACACUUCUAAAUGAACCUGCUGCCAAACCGUUCAAACCCCAGAGCUCUCUCUUCACGAGUUCAGGAAACCAGGUUAAUGGUGACAUGACAUACCACUUCCAAGGUGGAGACACUAUAACACCAGCAUCUUUCCUGAAUGAGCUUAAAGCACAAAGCACACCUAUAUCUGGUUCAGCUGUGGUUCAGACCACGAUGGUCUUCAAUUCCUCAUCUCCUGUUCCCAGUGAGAGUUUGGUCCUCACUGUAAUCCAGACUCUUCUGAGUGCUCGACUCACAAACCUCACUGACUCUGUAAAAGUGCUGAACUUCACCUAUGAGAAAAUUUCAGACUUCCGCUAUGCGGUAAAGUUCACAUUCCAGAUCAGUAACAUCAGCAUGUCACAGAACCCUGAAUUAGUGAAUGAUACCUACAACCAAGUGGAGAGCAUCAUCAACAAUGUUUUAAACACACUUCUAAAUGAACCUGCUGCCAAACCGUUCAAACCCCAGAGCUCUCUCUUCAUGAGUUCAGGAAACCAGGUUAAUGGUGACAUGACAUACCACUUCCAAGGUGGAGACACUAUAACACCAGCAUCUUUCCUGAAUGAGCUUAAAGCACAAAGCACACCUAUAUCUGGUUCAGCUGUGGUUCAGACCACGAUGGUCUUCAAUUCCUCAUCUCCUGUUCCCAGUGAGAGUUUGGUCCUCACUGUAAUCCAGACUCUUCUGAGCGCUCGACUCACAAACCUCACUGACUCUGUAAAAGUGCUGAACUUCACCUAUGAGAAAACUUCAGACACCCGCUAUGCGGUAAAACUCAAAUUCCAGAUCAGUAACAUCAGCAUGUCACAGAACCCUGAAUUAGUGAAUGAUACCUACAACCAAGUGGAGAGCAUCAUCAACAAUGUUUUAAACACACUUCUAAAUGAACCUGCUGCCAAACCGUUCGAACCCCAGAGCUCUCUCUUCACGAGUUCAGGAAAGCAGGUUAAUGGUGACAUGACAUACCACUUCCAAGGUGGAGACACUAUAACACCAGCAUAUUUCCUGAAUGAGCUUAAAGCACAAAGCACACCUAUAUCUGGUUCAGCUGUGGUUAAGACCACGAUGGUCUUCAAUUCCUCAUCUCCUGUUCCCAGUGAGAGUUUGGUCCUCAGUGUAAUCCAGACUAUUCUGAGUGCUCGACUCACAAGCCUCACUGACUCUGUAAAAGUGCUGAACUUCACCUAUGAGAAAACUUCAGACACCUGCUAUGCGGUAAAACUCAGAUUCCAGAUCAGUAACGUCAGCAUUUCACAGAACCCUGAAUUAGUGAAUGAUACCUACAACCAUGUGGAAAGCAUCAUCAACAAUGUUUUAAACACACUUCUAAAUGAACCUGCUGCCAAACCGUUCGAACCCCAGAGCUCUCUCUUCACGAGUUCAGGAAACCAGGUUAAUGGUGACAUGACAUACCACUUCCAAGAUGGAGACACUAUAACACCAGCAUCUUUCCUGAAUGAGCUUAAAGCACAAAGCACACCUAUAUCUGGUUCAGCUGUGGUUAAGACCACGAUGGUCUUCAAUUCCUCAUCUCCUGUUCCCAGUGAGAGUUUGGUCCUCACUGUAAUCCAGACUCUUCUGAGUGCUCGACUCACAAACCUCACUGACUCUGUAAAAGUGCUGAACUUCACCUAUGAGAAAACUUCAGACUUCCGCUAUGCGGUAAAACUCAGAUUCCAGAUCAGUAACGUCAGCAUUUCACAGAACCCUGAAUUAGUGAAUGAUACCUACAACCAUGUGGAGAGCAUCAUCAACAAUGUUUUAAACACACUUCUAAAUGAACCUGCUGCCAAACCUUUCGAACCCCAGAGCUCUCUCUUCACGAGUUCAGGAAAGCAGGUUAAUGGUGACAUGACAUACCACUUCCAAGAUGGAGACACUAUAACACCAGCAUCUUUCCUGAAUGAGCUUAAAGCACAAAGCACACCUAUAUCUGGUUCAGCCGUGGUUCAAACCACGAUGUUCUUCAAUUCUUCCUCUCCUGUUCCCAGUGAGAGUUUGGUCCUCAGUGUAAUCCAGACUCUUCUGAGUACUCGACUCACAAACCUCACUGACUCUGUAAAAGUGCUGAACUUCACCUAUGAGAAAACUUCAGACACCCGCUAUGCUGUAAAACUCAAAUUCCAGAUCAGUAACGUCAGCAUGUCACAGAACCCUGAAUUAGUGAAUGAUACCUACAACCAAGUGGAGAGCAACAUCGACAAUGUUUUAAACACACUUCUAAAUGAACCUGCUGCCAAACCGUUCGAACCCCUGAGCUCUCUCAUCACGAGUUCAGGAAACCAGGUUAAUGGUGACAUGACAUACCACUUCCAAGAUGGAGACACUAUAACACCAGCAUCUUUCCUGAAUGAGCUUAAAGCACAAAGCGCACCUAUAUCUGGUUCAGCUGUGGUUCAGACCACGAUGGUCUUCAAUUCCUCAUCUCCUGUUCCCAGUGAGAGUUUGGUCCUCAGUGUAAUCCAGACUCUUCUGAGUGCUCGACUCACAAACCUCACUGACUCUGUAAAAGUGCUGAACUUCACCUAUGAGAAAACUUCAGACACCCGCUAUGCGGUAAAACUCAGAUUCCAGAUCAGUAACGUCAGCAUUUCACAGAACCCUGAAUUAGUGAAUGAUACCUACAACCAAGUGGAGAGCAUCAUCAACAAUGUUUUAAACACACUUCUAAAUGAACCUGCUGCCAAACCGUUCGAACCCCAGAGCUCUCUCUUCACGAGUUCAGGAAAGCAGGUUAAUGGUGACAUGACAUACCACUUCCAAGAUGGAGACAGUAUAACACCAGCAUCUUUCCUGAAUGAGCUUAAAGCACAAAGCACACCUAUAUUUGGUUCAGCUGUGGUUCAGACCACGAUGGUCUUCAAUUCCUCAUCUCCUGUUCCCAGUGAGAGUUUGGUCCUCACUGUAAUCCAGACUCUUCUGAGUGCUCGACUCACAAACCUCACUGACUCUGUAAAAGUGCUGAACUUCACCUAUGAGAAAACUUCAGACACCCGCUAUGCGGUAAAACUCAGAUUCCAGAUCAAUAACGUCAGCAUUUCACAGAACCCUGAAUUAGUGAAUGAUACCUACAACCAUGUGGAGAGCAUCAUCAACAAUGUUUUAAACACACUACUAAAUGAACCUGCUGCCAAACCAUUCGAACCCCAGAGCUCUCUCUUCACGAGUUCAGGAAACCAGGUUAAUGGUGACAUGACAUACCACUUCCAAGAUGGAGACACUAUAACACCAGCAUCUUUCCUGAAUGAGCUUAAAGCACAAAGCACACCUAUAUCUGGUUCAGCUGUGGUUCAGACCACGAUGGUCUUCAAUUCCUCCUCUCCUGUUCCCAGUGAGAGUUUGGUCCUCAGUGUAAUCCAGACUCUUCUGAGUGCUCGACUCACAAACCUCACUGACUCUGUAAAAGUGCUGAACCUCACCUAUGAGAAAACUUCAGACACCUGCUAUGUGGUAAAACUCAAAUUCCAGAUCAGUAACAUCAGCAUGUCACAGAACCCUGAAUUAGUGAAUGAUACCUACAACCAAGUGGAGGGCAUAAUCAACAAUGCUUUAAACACACUUCUAAAUGAAGCUGGUGCAGAACCAUUCAACCCACAGAGGUCUUUCUUCACGAUUUCAGGAACCCAGGUUAUAGGAGACAUGUUGUACAACUGCCAAGUUGGAGACACUAAAACACCAGCAUCUUUCCUGAAUGAUAUUUCACCUGUAUUGGGGAAUGUUCUGAUAUAUAUACGUCUAGUUUUUAAGAAUUUGACCAAAGUACCUAGUGAGGCUGAUGUUCUCAAUGCUGCUAAUGCUCUGCUGGAUGCAAAGAUCAGAAGAGCACGAGAUCUUGUAACACAAAAACUGAGUGAUCCUGUGAGCAUACAGGAUGUCACCUAUCAGAAAAUUGACAACAACUCGUACAUUAUAAGCUUUGGAUUCAAAAUCAGCAAUGUGACAAUCUCCAAGGACACUCAGCUGAGGAAUGGAACAUAUUCUUUAAUCGAAAACACCAUCAACAGCUUGCUGAACAAUAUUCUGAAUGUCAAAAAUGCAACUCAAUUUGACUUCCCACAAGGAAACUACACAUUUAAUGGUACAGAAAUUGUGGCCAAUUCAGAAUACGUCUUUGUGGAAGGUGACACCAAGUGGACACCAAGUGGAUUUCUAAAUGCAGUACUCAACAUUAGCGGUCUGUCGACCCUCACUACUGCUGCUGCCCAAACAGACCCCCCUGUCCACGUAGUCCUGAGGCCCACAGUCCAAGCACAGAACACCACCACUGGUGGAAAUUCUGCUUGGAUCCUGGGCAUCAUUAUCCCCUGCAGUAUAGUCAUUAUUCUCAUACCCUGCUGGAUUCUACUCUGUUGUCUGCUCUGUGGCUGCUGUGCUGGUUUAAGGAGGCGCUACAGCAGAAGACGGUCCUACACCGUCCAAUAUGCAACAAGAAAUGGACUCUUUUAAAAACAGAUAAUGUGUAAAAUAAUGUCUUGUAUCAUUUGAAUUUAUUGGAAUCAAUUAUUUAUUU